AUGUCAAACUCUCAAGAAUGCGAGGCUUCGGCUUCUAAGACAGGAGAUAUUGCGACAAUCACCGACGCCAACCGCACCCCGCUUCGCGAAAAUGAUGCAUCCGAGUCUUUGGCAGAAUUGGCCAGGCUAAAUGUUGCCCCGUUCCUCAACAAACAUAAUCCUCGCCAAUAUGCUCCGCAGCGAUCGGAAGACGGUACCCCGUUACCGCAAUCAGCCAACGCUGGCUACUGUUAUCGUCACCAGCCAGACUCCAAAUGCAGGCGCCAGGCUGAUGAGCAGUCAAUGCGCCAGUUACAGCAGGAACUUGAUACACUUCCCCAAGCUGAUCAGCAGGGCAUCGCCCAUGUCUGGUCUAUGUUUUCUGCCGCUCCAGCAAAACAACGCAAACUGAUGUUGCAAGGAAUUCUGGCUCAGUGCUGUUUUCCGCAGCUUUCCUUCAUCUCUGCCAGUGUCCGUGAACUCAUCCGAAUCGACUUUUUAUCUGCGCUGCCCCCUGAGCUAUCUUUCAAAAUCCUGCGAUACCUCGACACGGCUUCUCUUUGCCGUGCUGCACAGGUAUCCCACCGCUGGAGAAUGUUGGCGGAUGAUGAUGUUGUGUGGCAUCGGAUGUGUGAACAGCAUAUUCGUCGCAAAUGUAACAAGUGUGGAUGGGGGUUACCUCUCUUGGAUCGAAAGCGCCUGCGGGAAUCGAAGCGUGAGAUUGAGCUGCGAGCAUCUAAUUGGGGCAACCAGUCAUCCACAGAAGUCGUCCAGGGCGCUCCUAAUGGAACGUGUUCUGUGGUGGAACUUCCUAAUACGGGCAGCAAACGCAAGAUUGAUACGGACGAUCAUGACAACAGCUGUGCUAUGAUCAAACGUCACUGUGUUUCCCCAGCAUACCGCCCGGAGCCUGAUGAUGACUACUAUAAGACCCGUUAUCGUCCCUGGAAGGAUGUCUAUCGGGAUCGGUUUGUGGUUGGCAUGAACUGGAAGCACCGACGUUGCUCAGUAAAGGUCUUCCGAGGCCACACAGACAGUGUGAUGUGCCUCCAGUUUGAAGACAACAUCUUAAUGACUGGCUCUUAUGAUGCCACUGUCAAGAUCUGGGAUAUGGAAACCGGCGAGGAAUUGCGCACCUUGCGCGGUCACACUGCGGGGGUGCGCUGCCUCCAGUUCGAUGACACCAAAUUGAUCACCGGUAGUUUAGACCGCAGUAUCAGGGUAUGGAAUUGGCGUACUGGGGAGUGCAUUUCCAGAUACAAUGGCCACUCCGAAGCUGUCAUCGCGCUACAUUUCGAUUCUACUCUUCUAGCAUCUGCUUCGGUGGAUCACACCGUCAAAAUCUGGAAUUUCAAAGACAAAUCGACUUUCGUCCUGCCUCAUCCUGAAGGUGUGAAUGGAGUGAAAAUUGACACUGCAUCGCGCACUGUUCUAACUGCUUGUGAUGAUGGUGCGGCUCGCUUGUGGGAUCUAGACACCAAGACCUGCAUUCGAGUUUUCCAUAAUCAUAUUGGUGCAGUCCAGCAAGUCAUCCCAUUGCCACGUGAGAUCGAACUCGAAAGCCAUCUCCCCGACUGCGAGAAUGAUCAUGUCAGCACCUCAUCACAAAAUGGCGAUGCGCCGGCAAACAUUCUUUCUCCGAUCCUGGAGUACAGAUCCUUAUCCACGCAACCUUCCUCGUUCGGUGCAUCAUUCGAUCAGGAUAAGGAUCGCAUUGAACCUCCGCGCUACAUUAUUACCAGCGGUGUUGACGCAACUAUCCGACUGUGGGAAACAAAUACUGGCAGAUGUUUGCGAACAUUCUUCGGGCAUCUGGAGGGCAUUUGGGCACUUUCUGCCGAUACCCUGCGCAUUGCUUCGGGUGGAUUGGACCGCAUGGUCAAAAUUUGGGACCCCCGAGCUCCCACUUGUCAGGAUACGUUCGAAGGCCACUCGGCAUCAGUUAACUGCAUCGGACUUAGUGACAGCCGCUUCAUCACCGGUGGUGAUGAUUACCAAGUACGCAUGUACGACUUCCGGGCCUAA